AGCAGCCUGUUUAAAACAGCAUCGACUCUUUCAGUCAGAGCAGUGCAAGGCACAGAGACAGGCACAUACGCUCUCUCUGUCUUGCUCCACGCACACACUGACACAUGCUCACGCCUGCAGAAGGCAACUUCCCUUUAUCGGACUGACACUACACACUCGCCGGGAUAGCACACUCCCAUUCCCCACUGGAGAAGAGGAGUGACAGAUCAGGAAAUAAAGAAAAUACAGAAAAAGCAAACGCUUCCCUGGUGAAGAGGAGGACAGAGUCAACUUUUUACCCACUUUAUGAUGGCAAACCUUGUGACAUCGUUAUGCUGUGUAGUUCUGGCAGCAGUGGUGGUAGCCUAUGCUCAGAGACGCAGCCAGCUAAUUGCAAGGAACCAAUAUGAGCAGAGGGGCAGCGAUGUCACCAUGCAAUGUGGCUCCCUGGAAAGUGAUGCAUCAGUGUCAUGGAAGGUUAAUGGAACAGACAUUGAGGCACAGCACCAACUGAAUGGUCCAAAGCUGAUUCUGACCAAUGUUGACCUUGACCACAAUGGACUCUACAGCUGCUUUCAGAACCCGCACGGUGAAAGGCGCGAUACCAUCUUACUCCAUGUUGGCCUUCCCCCUCAAGAGCCCAAAGUAACCUGUCGGUCCAACACCUAUCCUAAAGGCUUCUACUGCAGCUGGCACCUGACGCUUCCAACUUAUAUUCCCACCAACUUUGAGGUCGACGUGCAACACAAGCAUCGCCCACUGGAUGUGCAGAAGGAUCCAGUCCAUAAGAAUCGCUGUCAUGUUCAGUUCCCAGAGGUUUUCUCCACCACUCCAUAUGAAGUUAACGUGACAGCGGUGAACCCCUUAGGAAAAAAAUCCUCUUUCUUUUCAUUUGAAGAGUCCACCAUAGUAAAACCAGACCCCCCAGAGCAUGUGACGGCAACACCAAUCCGUUUUAAACCUCGAAGGCUGGAGGUGUCCUGGCAAAGCCCUGCCACAUGGCCCGAUAUUGACGCAUUUCCUCUUAAGUACUUUCUGCGAUACCGGCCGCUCAUUCAAGAGAGAUGGCAGCAUGUGGAGCUAUCCGACAGCACCUCUCAUACCAUCCUUGAUGCCUAUGCUGGGAAGGAAUACAUUAUCCAGUUAGCUGCUAAGGACACAGAGAUUGGAACAUGGAGUGACUGGAGCGUUGCUGUCCAUGCUACACCCUGGAUUGAGGAUCCUCUGCCAAUCACCUCCACAACUGAGGUGGACUUUCCUACUGAGACGAAGACCUCUCCCAUACCGUCCUCCAAAGCACCUCAGAAGGCCGAGCCUCCGGUGGGCAGAGCUGGCAGGGUCGUCACAUUUUUCUCCCCCUUGCUGUUAGGGAUGACACUAUUGUUCAUGUGAUGUUUUAAUCCCAUGGAGUGACAACAGGUGGGAGGAAGAACAAGAUAAAGAGACGGAGGCUGGUGUUUUUUCUAUUUUGCACAUGUUUUUGAGGAUACAGUGCAUUGAUCAUUUCUGUCCAUCACACAGUUACUCACCAAAAUUACUUAAGAGGGGAAAUCAGACAGUCAUUGUUGACUGAUGGGGACAAAGAAAUUCUUCAGAGGAACUUUUGCAAACGGCAUUGUCGUCGGCGAGAGCAGCAGCAGAGGCAGCAGAACAACCAAGACGGAAACAGCAGCAGCAUGGAUAAUAAAGUGAUUAACGUUACGCCCCUGAUGCUUGUAUGAGCCGCAGCAGACUGAUUUAUUUAUUUGAUUUUUUUGAGUUCGUUUGAUUCAGGAAGCUCCUUCUCUGAGCAAGAAAACCAACUCAUUGUUAUUUUUAAAUUUUCCAUAACUGACUUCUUUCAAACUGCAGAGUGCUUCACAGACAAAUGCACAUUUAAAAGCUGUGCCUUUGUGUGUGUGGCUACUGCAGCGCCCCCACAUGCAGCUCAAUCAUCACGCCAAAGUCUCAUAAGUAACCCUAACGAAGUGGCUUCAAUUUUUUUUUCUUUUAUUGAGCUUCCUGAAGCCUGUGCCUGUACUCAGAAAGUGUGUUUAUAUGCAAGAGGAGAGGUGAUGCUGAAAAGUGCUAUAUGUAUCAAACCUGAGGAUCUCUGCAGCUCCUGUUUGAGUGCACGCACACCGUUCAACAAAGAUGCCACAGUAAGCCUCAGACUGUGCUCUGUAUGCCUCCGACGACUGAAUCAAACCAAUGGAGAGAGCCGUUUUUGGGAUCUGGAGACUUUAACACUUUGAAGAAUUCAGUAAUGGUAGCUUGACUUAUUUAGACAGUUAGCUUUACAUUAUGCUUACAGCGGCUGGUUAAAAGGACCUGGAUUGUAAAAAAAAAAAUUUAAAACAGAUAAAACAAGAUAGAUAAAAAUGAAAAAAAA